CGUCCGUGCGAGAGGGAUGUAGCACGCGUCUCCCCUGACACCCCGUGAUAUACGUGACUUCCCCGUCGUGUGAAAAUUUUCGCCGAACUCGUGGAUAUCCAUCGGUAUUCGAAGUCAAUCUGCUCUGAUAUAAUAGCUUCGAGAGAAUAAAGAGGCAUAUUUAGGAAAGAGAGAGAGAGAAAAAAAAAAGUGAAAGGAAAGUGAAAAACGAACCAUCUUCGAACCGCUUCGUUGUGUUGAAAAAAAAAGUAAACGAAACACUGAAAAUAGAAAAGUCGUUGCAUUAAAUCUGUGAAUUUUAUAGCAAUCGAAGUGUGACGUGUCGAGCAAGAAGGAGGAAUUAGAAAGAAAGAAGGAAAGGAAGGAAAGAAAUAAAGAAGACAUAGGAAAAGGAAGACGAAAGGAAGGAGAGGAAAAGGAUUUGAGUGAUAAAGCGAGUCUGAGGUAGCAAGGAAGGACUCUCUUCUCCUCCUCCAUCUCUUCUUCCUCCUCCACCUCUUCUUCCUCCUCCUCCUCCUCCACCUCUUCUUCCUCCUCCUCCUCCUCCACCACCUCCACUUCCUCCAUUUCCUUCUCCUCCUCCUCUUUCUCUUCCUCCUCUUUCUCCUCUUCCACCACCAUCACCUCCACCACCUCCUCCUCCUCUACCUCCUCCUCCUCCACCUCCAUCUCCUCCUCCUCCACCUCUACCUCCUCCUCCACCUCCUCCUCGUCCUCCUCCUCGACCAUGGCACACCCGUCCUUGCUCAAGAGCCUCGGCGAGCAGGUCCUGGGCCACAGCGGACCGGUCAGCCUCAGCGACAUCAGUGGUCCGGAACGCGUCAUCGCCCUGUACUUCUCGGCGCAUUGGUGUCCGCCGUGCAGAGGAUUCACGCCCCAGCUCGUCGCCUUCUACAAGCACCUGAAGGAGAACACGAAGCACCAGCUGGAGGUGAUCCUCGUGAGCAGCGACCAGGAUGAGGCCAGCUUCCAGGACUACUUCAGCGACAUGCCCUGGCUGGCGCUGCCCUUUGCCGAGACUAAGAGAAAGGUGCGGUUGUCUCGGCAGUACCGCGUGUCCGCCAUCCCCUCCCUGGUUCUCCUGGACAGUCGCAGCGGCCGGGUCAUCACCAAGUCGGGUCGGGAGAUGGUCAGCAGCGACCCCGAGGCGCUGACCUUCCCUUGGCGACCUCGGGCUCUGGGUGACCUCCUGGCGGCCACGAGUCUCGUCGACCCCCAGGGCCAGGUGGUGGCCUACGACGCCAUCAAGGACGCCUACAAAGGACUCUACUUCUCGGCGCACUGGUGCCCCCCCUGCAAGGCCUUCACGCCGCAGCUGAUAUCCGUUUACGAGAAGAUCAAGAAGAAGGAAGGGAAUUUUCAGAUGAUCUUCGUCAGUUCCGACAGGAGCGAGGAGUCGUGGCGGGCGUAUCACAGCACGAUGCCCUGGCUGAGCGUGGCCUGGGAGUGCGAGGAUGUGAGGAGGGAGCUGGCGACGAACCUGGAGGUGCAAGGCAUCCCCACCUUCGUCGUGCUGGCGCCUGACAACACGGUUAUCACGGCGGAGGGAAGGGCGGAGCUCACGGAGGAUCCUGAGGCUGAGCGGUUUCCAUGGCGACCACAGAGCGUCGAGGUGCUGGCCGAGAGACACAUGGCGCGCCUUCAGGAGUCUCCGUGUCUCGUUCUCUUCACAGACGGCGAGACGACCGAGCUGCAGUUCGGGCGCGACGUGCUUCUUCCGGUGGCCGAGGAGUAUUUGCUGGAGCACGCGCAGGAGGGAGCACUCACGCUGCAGUUCUUCGUGGCUGGGGAGGAUGAAGUGUCCGACAGCGUGAGAGACUUCGCGUGUCUGGAGGACGUGGUGCCGUUGGUGGCCAUCCUGGACCUCGCUGAAGGGGCCAAGUUCCUGCUGGAGGACGGCGUCGAGGUUUCCACCGCCACCGUCCACAAUUUCGUCACUCGGUACUGCAACAGCAAACUCUCACCACUGCCUAUUAGACCAGUUGCAAGCAGUGCUACCAAUACGAGCUAACACCAACUAUCGUCUUAAGUAGCAGCAUGAUGACCCCUUCUGUUGGUAACCCUGAGCGAUUCCGUGGAAAGGGUUACACUGUAUUUGUUAUUACAUUAAUAACUAUAGACCUGCUUGUCCGAGGAUUUGCAGAAUAAAUGUUAUCAAUUUCAUUCAUUAUAUAUUACAGUUCAGUUUUGCUUUGAACACCAUAGACUUGCUAAUAUCUGUGUUUUUUUUUUUUUUUCUACCAUUUUGUAAUAAAGAUUGAUGUGAAGGGUAAAGGAAACAGUCAGACAAGUGUUUGCAACUCUGCGGAUACUUUCUUCCCUGUUAUGAAAAUCGAAUUUGUGGAGCCUCACUCAUCAAGCUGUUGAUGGGUUUUAAACCGUUUGGCCAGUGAUAUACAGUGUCACACACACACACACACACACACACACACACACACACACACACACACACACACACACACACACACACACACACACACACACACAUACAUACAUACAUAUAUAU